AGCAGACGACCUUUCUCGAAACUGCGCAACUAUGAAGGAUAAAAUGAAAGCGAAACUUGCAUCACAUAUACUUUGGCUUCCCAAGCGACGACGAAGAGGGUGUAUAUCAACCUCCGCAGCAGAUUUCGAUUAAAAGACAGAGGUACUACAUUUCCGACGCGAUGUUCAGCAGGAGUUUGCUUCCAGCAGUCCGCGCCUGUCGACGUGCAUUGGUGCCUGCUCGACAUAUCUACACCAAACGAGAUUUGCCAGUAUUUGUCAAACGUAGACGAAAUCCAUGGGAUGAUCUCCCAUUUCGUUCUUCUGGACCGUUUGGAUUAAUCGAUGAUUACAUCAGAGACACGUUCAAUCAGCUGGAACGCAUGUUGCCGACAUGGGCAGACUUCAGACCCAGUGUGGCGACUGGUCCUAAUGCUGAGGUUGUGGAGGCAAAGUGUGACAAGAGGGGUUUACAGCUAAAGAUUAACGUGUCUCACUAUGAUCCUGAAGAACUGAAGGUCAAAGUUGCUCAGGACCGCCUGGUUAUCUCUGGCAAACAUGAGCAGAAGGCUGAUGAGCAUGGAUAUGUCUCCAGAGAAUUUACACGUGAAUUCCUGCUGCCAGAGGAGGUAGAGCAGGACACCAUCUCCUCUCGUCUGACAGAUGAUGGCUACCUCAUCAUCCAAGGCAAGGUCAAAGGUGGAACUGAAGAACAAGGGCGCACCAUUGCCAUACAAAAAGAGUCGGACAGCAGUUCUAAAACUGACAAGACUGACAAAACAGACAAAACUGACAAAAGUGAUUAAAUUUCCAUUAAAACACUACAUUUUUAGAGGUUAGAAGGUGGUGGUAAUUAAUGCACCCAUGUAUCUGAUUAGUUUCAUUCUGAUUUUUGGAAUGCAUGAUUUUUAUAAAUAUCCAGGAACAAUAUUUAGAGAUGCCAUCAAAAUCAGGAUUGAAACCAAUACUGUAGUUACAAUGUUAACUUGAAAAUUUUAAUGAAUGGCUUGUUUUGUUUAUAGUAGAUGAGAGUUUUGACAUCACUUAACAAAAUGUACACUUGAAUUUUUGAGUUAAGUGAUUUGUGACUUACAUGUUUAAAUAUACAGCAUGCUGAGGUGUAUAUUUUUGAAUGAGUGAGUGUUUGAUAAGCUGUUUUAACAAAAUAAAAAGUCAGGACACAUUA